AUGGCCAGCCAGAGCUCGCCUGGGGGCUUCCUCCUUCUGGGCUUCUCUGAACACCCAGGACUUGAAAGAAUACUUGUGAUUGUCCUUAUUUCCUACCUUCUGACUCUGGUGGGCAACACGCUCAUCAUUCUGCUGUCCGUGUGGGACCCCAGGCUCCACUCCCCAGUGUAUUCUUUCCUCUCUAACCUGUCCUUCUUGGAUCUCUGCUUCACCACAAGUUCCAUCCUGCAGAUGCUGGUCAACCCCUGGGGCCCAAAGACCACCAGCUUCCUUGGCUGCUCUGUUCAUCUCUUCAUCUUUCUGUUCCUGGGGACCACUGAAUGCAUCCUCCUGACAGUGAUAGCCUUCGACCGCUGCCAGCCCCUCUGCUGUACCACCAUCAUCUGUCCCCGCCUAUGCCGGCCGCCAGCAUCCACAGCCUGGGUCAUCAGUCUGCUGGAGCCGGUAGUUCACACACCACCUACUCUCCGCCUGCCCUUCUGUCCCCACCGGCAGGUGGAUGUAUGUGAGGUCCCAGCUCUCAUCAGACUGUCCUCCAAUGAGAUCCAGAUGGCUGCUGCCAGCAUCCUCAUCUUGGUCGUGCUCCUCGGCCUCAUCUUUGUCUCUUAGUGUGCCAUUGCCUGGGCAGUGCUGACAAUUAACUCCACAAAAGGGUAGAAAAAGGCAUUUGGGACCUGCUCCUCCCAUCUCACAGGGGUCACACUCGUCUACAGCUCAGUCACUGCUGUCUACUUCCAGCUCCAAAAUUCCUAUACUCCCAAAAGGGGCAAGUUCUUUGGUCUCUUCUAUGCUGUGGGCACUCCAGCCCUUAACCCUCUCAUUUACACCCUGAGGAAUAAGGAAGUUAAGAGGGCCUUCAGGAGUUUGCUGGGGAAGGACGGGGACACAAGGGGGAGCUGA